AUGAUAAAGCGACGAUUUGCAAUUCAUAGUGCCAGUGGAAUGUUUGAAGUGUACGACUCGGACCAGCAAGAAGACUGCACGCAAAAUAACAGGUCAAACUUGCCUGAAUUAGUUCCCGAAAAUUGUUCGCGAACAGAUUGGUCAAACCUGCCUGAGCUAGCGGUCAUCAUGGUCAUGAAAUACCUGGAGGAUUCGGACCGUGGUAGCAUGGCUCAGACCUGCACCACGUGGGCCAGGUUAGUUCGAACCGCCGCGCUCUGGAGGAGGAGACAUGUACAACUUGGAAUCGACCACAAGUCAGAUCGGAAGGCCGUGCAGUACUUUGAACAGUUUGCCGGCAAUUUACAUCAACUUAGCAUCGCUUGCCAAUCACGGGGCUUCUUGACGAGAUUUCGCUUGAAGGAAAAUCUAGCUCAAAUAAUCAGCAACAUCACCGAAAAGAAACCGAAGUUACGUGCCUUGGUUAUCAAUAGGCUCGGAUUGGACAGAUUCAGGAAGUUCGACGUGAUCAAGACCCGAGAUCGUGAUUUAGUCAACGGAAUGUGUAAGAUGUUCCGCGGGCAGACGCGGAUGCGGGUCGUGAAGCUUCCGGAGACGUAUGUGAGACUAGUUACGGGGAGGCGGCUGCUGCAGGCACUAGCAAAGGGAAGCGGACCGCAGGUCGCCACUCUGAAUCUUAUAGACUUCUUCCAGCACGGCAUUGCUGUGUACCGGGUGCCAAAUAUUCAAAAGAUCAUAACAUCAUUCACAAAUCUUCGGAAACUCGCGAUAAAUUUCAACUGUCUCUCCGAGGAGAUUUUGCUAGGUGUUGCCAAGAAGACGCGUGGCCGGUUACGUCAUCUUACAGUACGAGUCCACGAGCGCGACCCACAUGGACACCGAAUCAACGGAAGAACUUGGAAGGCCGUGAGAGCGCUUUGUCCCGAGCUGCAGGUGGAGUUUGAAUUCGACAGCAUCUGUACGUAA